AAUUAUAUCUGUAACUUAUGUAAAUCCAACCCAGCACCACCACUCCCACAACAACACCCCGCAAAGGCGACCCUUUCUCACGGACACACAAGCGGCAAUGGCGCCCCUCCCAGCCGCAGAACCGGCCGAGCCGCUAGAGCGCCUCCCCAUGCCCUCACGGAACCCGCUCCCGUUGUCCGCGGGCCAGGAGACGCAGGUGCGGGACCUAUAUUUUGCGCGUGUGCGCGCCCUUUGCGCGGCAGAGAUUAAAGAAUUCGCAGAAUGCGCAGUCGGCCGAACAUUUACAGCGCCAUUUGCGUGUCGCGCCCAAAGACUAGGGAUGAACAGCUGCAUGAUCGCGCACGCCACGCAAGCGGAGCAAGAUAACGCGCGAGAAGAGUGGUUCGGGCUACGGCUUCAACGACAGAAAGACCGCGAAGCGAAGGAUAGGCGGCGGAAGGAGCAGGAGAAGUUUCAUAGGGAGUGGUGGGGACUGCCGGAGGCGGAUCGGGAGGGGGAGAAGGGGAAUGCGGUGUUGAGGGAGGCGGAGAGGGUGGGGGGGUUCCCGAAGAGUGAUGAGGGGCAGUUGAGUAAGGAUAGGCAUCGGUAGGGAGGGAGAUUGGGAGUGCAUGGAUGGGCGUUUGGGUUGUUUACUGUAUUUCUAUAUGGCGCUUGGGUUGCGCGGCGUGUUGGAUGUGUAGGAUAGGUGGAUGGAUAGUCUCCCAAUUGAGUGAAGCUUGUAUCUAUAAGCCAUGGGGUUCUUGAAUGCUGUGAGAGCCGUAGCGGGGCAUCGUGUCUAUAAG